AUCAAUUUGUCGUGACUGUCUCAUCAAUUCAACAUGUAGUUGUUAUCAGCCUUGCUGCAUGUUGAUUUAAUUAUAACGUUUAGAUACCAUUAUCAUUGAUUUGAAAUAUUGUGCAUAUUUAAGAAAUUGUAAUACAUGGACAUUUUACUUUCACUGUAUUCAAUGAGGACUGACAAAAAUGGCAACAGUAUUUCAACUGCGAGGAUUUCCUUUUCUUAAAAAGUACAUGCGACUUAACAUUUUCAAACUGAUUCAACUUGUAUUCCUAAUUUUAUGCUCCAUAUUCCUCUUACGAUGGAUAGUGUUUCCUCUCCUUUACGAACUAGUCAUCAAUUUCGUAUAUAUAUUCGUAAUGCAAAGAUGUGCGAAUGGUGAUUUAAUGUGGAGACAUAUAUCUUCUGAGUAUACAGAAAGCAAGAGAAUCAAGGAGGUUAUACUCCACUGCAUUCCUGCAGUUCCUGAAAAACAAUCACCUAUUGGCUGGAUAGUUCCCGUUCUAGAACCUUCACUUUCCGAACCCUAUUUACAACUUCCGGUUAAUCAAACAUUCAAAGAACACGUGGUAAUCUUGUCUCCGUUAAGAGACGCUUCAAAACGAAUAAAGCACUUUAGUGAACAGCUUUCAAAAAUUAAUUAUCCGCAUCAACUUGUCAGUAUUUAUUUCGGUGAGGAAGGUAGUACUGAUGAUACACUAGAAGUUGCUACUCAAAUGGCCACCAAACUGAAGCAGGAUUACGGCUUUCGGAAUACAAAAGUAUUUAAAUUACCAAUUAAGGGAAACAGUAGUAACCGUAAAACGCGACAUUUCCCAUCGAAGCAAAUAGAACGCCGAAGUCACCUGGCUAAAGCUAGGAAUCUGUUAACAAAAUUUGCCCUAAAAGAUGAAGAAUGGGUUCUGUGGAUAGACAGCGAUGUCGGUCAGUUCAGACCUGACAUCAUUCAACAGUUCUUGUUUUCAAAUAAAGACGUAAUGGUUGCAUCAGCACUUGUGUCGAAAGUAGAUCUCGGAUAUUUUAAAACGUAUGGUGUAUUUGAUAGAAAUACUCGUAGGCUUCAUACAGAAGAUGGAGGAAGAUCUCAAUACAGUACUUAUGUGAAUGAUCUUAAGGCAGAAGGCCGAGAAGCCAAAGUAGAUCUCGUGGGUGCCUGUAUGCUUAUGAUAAAAGCUGACUGUUUAAGAAAAGGACUGGUGUUCCCAGAGGAACCGUAUAUGCCAAACGGUGUUAUGGUUGAAUUUGAAGGUCUUGAAAGUGAAGGACUUGCGCAACUUGCUAAAGGAAUGGGAUUUGAAGUAUAUGGCUUGCCUUUUCUAGAGAUUUACCAUCAAUAUGAUCCAGAUAGAAAGGAAAAUUGGAUUUUAAACUUUCUCUACCUCAUAUAUAUCUCACAAUGACAAUAUACAGUGCAAUCUCUGUAGAGCAACGCCCUUUAGGAGAUACACAUACUGACUGUUAUGUAGAGGUUGUUGUUCUGGAGAGGUAAAUUUGAUAGUAUAUUUAAGCUUAGGGAAAUUUUGAUGUUGUUGUUAUAGAGAGUUUUUUUGCAUAAGAGAGGGCCGCUCUGGAGAGGUUGUACUGUACCAGUAAUGAAAUGAAAAUAUUUAGAUAACUUUAACGGAAAAAAAUCCAGGAGAAGUCCAUUUUUUUCAGGAGUUACGGAUAGCUGUUUGGUAUUGUGCAUUCAAAAGAUUGAUUAAAUUCGAUUGAUGCCCUUAAUUUAUUUUGUUUAUUCAUUUAUGAAGACGCAAAUGUAA